AUGAUCUACCAAAUAUUCUUCAAGGGAGUUGAAAUCAGCCGUCUAGAUCACCUUGUUCUGACGGUCUGAGAUUUAAAGAGAAACAAAGUUUUCUACUCCUCAGUCUUGGGAAUGGGGGUGGUUACAUUUAAGGGAGACCGUAAGGCCUUAAGCUUUGGAGAGCAAAAAUUUAAUCUACAUGAAGUUGGCAAAGAGUUUGAGCCAAAGGCCAAUAAUCCUAUGCCAGGCUCAGCAGAUCUUUGUCUCAUCACGAAGACCCCGCUGGAAACAGUUGCUGCCCAUCUGAAGAAAUGUGGUGUGAAGAUUGAGGAAGGGCCAGUUGAGAGGACAGGAGCAGUAGGCCCAAUCAAGUCUCUGUACUUCAGAGACCCUGACCACAACCUGAUUGAAGUUUCCAACUAUAUUAAUUAAGACUUAAGGUUAAAUUGUGGUGGGGACUGUUACUCUCUUAACAGUAAUAUUUGGGCCAAAAUUAUGCAAAAUAAUUGUGAACCUUUUUCUUUGUAAAUUUACUUGUGUAUAUAUAACAAAACACCUUAAAGUAAA